AUGUCUGAACGGAAUUAUUUCUAUGGUAAACCUCUGGAACCUUUUAAUUGUUCAACAAAGGGUAUGCGAAGUCCGACAAUUCCCAAAUCAGUUCAUGAACUACGACCGGGUGAUAUUCAAUGUGUUGCAGCCAUGGGCGACAGCUUGACAGCAGGCUUGGGUGCUAAAGCUAAAACUCCAAUCGGUCUUGUGACAGAGUAUCGAGGUGUUGCUUGGUCUGUAGGUGGUGAUGAUACCUUUGAGAAAACAGUGACAUUACCCAAUAUUCUUCGUCUUUAUAAUCCACAAUUGAAAGGUUUUUCAACCAAAACUUCAAUAGCAGUUCUCAAUGGUCAAAAUGCAAAAAACAAUAGACUUAAUAUCGGAAAAACGGGUUCUGAUUCAUAUAAUAUGGACGAGCAAGCUGAUAUUCUCUUAUAUCGCAUAAAGAAUGAAGGACUCUGCGAUUGGAGUAAUGAUUGGAAGCUAAUUACAGUUUUUAUUGGAGCAAAUGAUUUGUGCGAUUUCUGUGAUGAAUCAAUGGAAUAUGAUCCACCACACUAUGUCGAACGGGUUCGUGGUGCACUUGAUAAAUUGUACUAUGCUAAUCUAUCUCGUACAUUGAUAAAUCUUGUACCCGUACUCAAUGUUAGCUUUUCAAAAGAACUUAAAGAUGGCAAUAUUGUCUGUGGACUUCUUCAAAAAUCUUCAUGCCCAUGUGCAGCAUAUCCUACGCAAGAACAAGAGAACAUAUUAAAGGACUGGAUUCCUGGAUAUCAAACAGGUCUUGAUGACCUAGUUAAGACACGUCGUUAUGAUGGUCGUGAUGAUUUCACUGUUGUUGUUCAACCAUUCUUCACUCACACUCAACCACCUCAAGAAAAAAAAGGAGGAAUUGAUUUUAGUUAUUUUGCUCCUGAUUGUUUCCAUUUGAGCGCCAAGGGUCAUGCAGUUGCAGCAUUAUCACUUUGGAAUAAUAUGUUCGAAGCAGUUGGUACGAAAAAAACUUCAUGGCAUGAAGGUGAACCAUUUGAAUGUCCUACGGAAGACCAUCCUUAUAUCUAUACAUGGAAAAAUUCGAUUUCAAAAUAG